CCAAGAGGCAGGGUCAGUUUCUGCUACACAACUUCUCUCCACACUUGCCUGUAUGAUUCCCCAGGAGGAUGCGCUAUCCGUCCAAACACACUAUUGAGUCUGUAAGAGAUAUGAUAACCAGAGGGCGGGCUGAUAGCUAAGGACAGUCGAGGAAACAAUCUUUUGCGCACAACGAGAGCGCGUAUAAUAAUUAGCGCGUCAGGAUAUUGCAACUAAUGUGAUUGAGCAAUGCAACACGCUCACUCAAACUGCUAGUUUUUCUUUUGUUUUUACUUUGGACUUUUUUUCAUGGAAAAUGUACAUCAAGAACUGACACUCAUCAGUUGGAGGAACUUCAUUGCGUGAGUUUCCAAAGUGGAUAUCACCUUAAAAACCAACGUUAAGAGUGGGUGAGAUACGCACAGGACAUCAAGUAUCCCAUUGCCCUCAACUAUGUCUUUGCCACCAACUUUUGGAUUUACCCAAGAGCAGGUUGCCUGCGUUUGCGAGGUCCUUCAGCAAGGUGGGAGUAUCGAACGUCUCGGACGCUUUCUGUGGUCCUUACCUGCUUGUGAGCACCUCCACAAAAACGAGAGCGUAUUGAAAGCGAAAGCCGUGGUUGCUUUCCACCGAGGCAACUUCAGGGAGCUCUACAAAGUAUUAGAGAGUACCCAGUUUUCUCCGCACAACCACCCUAAACUGCAACAGCUCUGGCUAAAAGCUCACUACGUCGAAGCGGAGAAAUUGCGCGGUCGUCCUCUGGGCGCAGUGGGAAAGUACCGAGUGCGCAGAAAGUUCCCGCUGCCUCGCAGCAUUUGGGAUGGAGAGGAGACGAGCUACUGUUUUAAGGAGAAGAGCCGGUGUGUGCUUAAAGAGUGGUACACUCACAACCCGUAUCCUUCUCCGAGAGAGAAGCGAGAACUGGCCGAGGCCACGGGCCUCACCACGACGCAGGUCAGCAACUGGUUCAAGAACAGAAGGCAGAGGGAUCGUGCCGCAGAAGCAAAGGAAAGAGAAAAUGAUGGUGCAAAUCCAAGCGGCCACAACCCACUCACCUCACACGAAAACAAAUCUCCAUGCGAAAGUUCAGAGGAUGACAAAUCUCCCGCGGCGACUCCGGAUCACAGCUCCAUGAGCCCAGCCAUGCUCAUGGGUCCCAGUUCAGGUCUGCCCCCCCUGCACAGCUUUGCUCCUCCGCCCGGCCCCAGCGCCUCCAUCAUCCCCGUCAGCGGCUCAGACUCCCAGAGCCACCAUCACUUCUCCAUGCACGACGGCCUCCUCCACACCAUGACGGCCAGCCUGGUGGAACUUGGAUCAUAAGGAAUAAAACCAACUUCUUUGACUUUCCCCACCAAUUACUAGCUUCGUUAUCAUACCAAACAUGUUAUUAGUCAAGAGUAGAGGACAAUAGCCAAACAAUAUCCCAGAACUACCAGACGAUUAUGCUCCUACGUCAAGAACAAUGUUUC